AUGAGUGUUCCCAUGUUAAAAAUUGGCGCGGUGCUCAGCACUAUGGCUAUGGUAACUAACUGGAUGUCCCAGACUCUGCCGUCGCUGGUCGGACUCAAUGGAACUAGGCUGCUGAUACAGGAGGGUUCAUUAUCUGUUUAUGCGCAGGGUUUGUACCCGGGAUCGGAGGAGGGCUGGCAGGUGUACAGCACGGCCUCAGAUCCUGACGGCAGGUGUGUUUGCACGGUGGUCGCCCCGGCACGAAACCUCUGCAAACGAGACCCUCGGAGUCGACAGCUACGCCUACUGACUGAACAGGUUCAGAAUGUGAGUCAGUCCAUGGAAGUUGUAGACCUGCGGACAUCCAGAGACCUGCAGUAUGUCCGAGACUCUGAGCCGCUGCUGAGAGGAGUGGAUGGACGUUUACACACUUACGUGGGAAACCCCCGCACUCUGACGGCCAAGGGUCUGCAGGAGUUAAAGGGCCAGAUGUCUCAGCUACGGCCUCUUCUGUCAGUGGUGGAGCAGUACAGACUGGACCUGCAGACGUUGGCCACCCUGCGCAUGGAGCUGCUCAACCUGUCAAUCAUCCUGACAGCCAUUCAGGAAGAGAUUGGCGCGUACGAUUACGAGGAGCUUCAACAAAGGGUUUUACUGCUGGAGACCCGGCUACACAGCUGCAUGAACAAACUGGGUUGUGGUCGUCUGACAGUAGUUAGCAACCCGAUCACCGUGAGAGCCUCGGGGUCCCGCUUUGGCUCCUGGAUGACUGACGCCAUGAUUCCCAGCUCCGAUAACAGGGUGUGGUCGAUGGAUGGCUACUAUAAAGGCAGACGUGUGUUGGAGUACAGAACCAUGGGGGAUUUCACCAAGGGGCAGAACUUUGUGCAGCAUCUGUUGCCCCACCCUUGGGCGGGAACCGGCCAUGUGGUCUACAACGGGUCACUUUACUACAACAAGCACCAGAGCAACAUCCUGGUUCAGUACCAUUUCCGCUCUCGCAGCGUGAUGGUCCAGCGUAGCUUGAGUGGAGCGGGAUACAACAACACCUUCCCCUACAGCUGGGGAGGAUCCUCUGACAUCGACCUCAUGGCUGAUGAGACAGGACUCUGGGCCGUCUACACCUCCAUCCAAAACGCUGGAAACAUAAUGGUGAGUCGCCUGGACCCUCACUCGCUGGAAGUGCUCCAAAGCUGGGAUACAGGGUUUCCUAAACGCAGCGCAGGGGAAGCUUUCAUGAUCUGCGGCACCCUGUACGUCACCAACUCCCACCUGGCUGGGGCCAAGGUCCACUUUGCUUAUCACACCAACUCCUCCACGUACGAGUACACCGACAUCCCUUUCCACAACCAGUACUCCCACAUCAGCAUGAUGGACUACAACCCCAGAGAGAGAGCACUGUACACCUGGAACAACGGACACCAGGUCCUCUACAACGUCACACUGUUUCACGUCAUCCGGAGUGACGGAUAG